AAGUGUCAUUUAGCAAAAAAGUAAGCAUUGUUCAUUGUUUACAAAUCUAAAUUGCUGUAAAUUAUAUCAUAUAAUGGAUAAAAGACAAGAGGAAUUAACGAAAUUAAAGUCUUACACCGAAAUUAUCGACAAUGAUCUAACAAUGAUUUUACAGUCUCUUCAGUGGGAUCGAAAACAACUGUUGCAGGUUAUUAUUAUGUAUACUAUUUUCUGUAAAUUGUGUAUUGCGAUACAAUACAAUAACUUUGGAUUUUAUUUGCAGAACCCUAUGAUGGACACUUGCAGAUAUGACCCGAAUCAUAAAAUCCCCCCUGAUAAGAGAGAAGAACACGAGAAAGUAUGCUUUUUGAGAAAAAAUGGAUAUUUUAAAGAAGAUCAGCUGUUACCGGACCCUCUUGAUGCAAACUCUAACACACUUGUCAAACUCAGGAAAGAAGAUAUUCAGGAUAUCAUUGCGAAUGCAUCCAGAGCAGAUAUCACUUUCAAAAAAGGCUUGGGUUGCCAUGGAGCAGAGCCGAUGUCAUUGGAACGCCUUCAGGUGUCCUACUCAGCAGAUGAACGCCGGGUUAUACAUGAUGCUGUGGUCAGCGCAGUACCCUCCUGUCAUGAUCUUACUGACUUGGCAUUACUCAGUGAGAAUAAUGAGCAGGGCUCCAAGGUAAUCCUGACACGCAAAGAGAUACUUCUGGAACUACGUAACAUGCGGAGGCGCCGCACUAAGUACCGUGUCGCUCCUAAGACUCGCAAUUAUUCGGAUGUUCUGCGCGAUGUCAUUAAGACACAGAUGGAAGUCUACAAUGAUGGGAAAACUGAAGAAACUACUACAAACGAAACGGUUGAUCGAAUGAACAGUUGUAGAGAUAUUAAUAAUGGGAGUCAAUAUUCUGGAACAGACUCAUAUAAUGGAAACAGAAAUAGACAUCACUCACAAAAUGAUGACAGGAUUAGAUAUACCUCACAUAAUGUUGACAGAGACAGUUGUGAUUCCCGCAUUGUUGAUAGAAAUGAAUCUAAAAAAUGGGUUCCGAGACCAAUACAAGUUAAAAGUGAAAGGGAAGAAUACGUAGAGAGAGACAGAAUAGUAAACAAAAGGCGGCCGAGGCAAGACUCAAACGACAUCGAAAGAUAUCAAAAAGAUCGCAAGAAGUGGGUUCCUAGACCCAUCCAAGAAGAAAUAAAGACAGAAAGAGAAGAUUUUACUGAUUGGGACGCAGAAACUGAUAAAACUGAACAUUCACGGCGUUACUCUAAAUACGAGGCUAGACAUAGACACGAGCGUCCCAAAAAGUGGGUACCUCGACCAAUCAAAACGGAAGUCAAAACAGAAAAAGAAGGUUCGAGAGAAAGAGAUAGAAACUCUGAAAAUAGACAUUCGAAACGGGUCUCUGAAAGUUUAGAUGAAAACAGAUACACACAUAAUGAAGAGACUGUUCCGAAACCCAUUAAAGAAAUAAUUAAAACUGAAAGAGAAGAUUCAACAGAAAGAUUCAGAAGCGUCGAAAGGAGAUAUUCUAGCCAAGAUUUUGACUCAGUACCUAGACCUAUAAAAGUAGAAGUUAAAACCGAAAGAGACGAGACAGAGAGGAUUACAGAAAGUACUAAAAAGCAAAGAGAUGAAAUUAACAGUAUAGAUGAGCGCGAUAGAAGUGGCAGACAAGGUCACAAUCACAGAGAAAGAAGGUAUUAUGAAGAGAAUGACCAAGGCAAGUAUGGAGAGUAUUCCCGAAAGAGGAAAGAUGGUUGCGAUUAUGAGGAGUAUAUUUAUAACAGAGAUAAAACGAAAGAAAGGCGACAAAACUAUUAUGAUGAUAGAGAACACAGAACUGAAAGAAGACAUAAAAGAAGUCAUAGACACGAUGAUCACGUCGUUGAAAGUAAGAAAAGAAAGGAAUCAAGGUUAGAUGAUGAAUCACACGGUCAUGAUAGGAAACAUGAAGAGAAAAGAGAUGAUAAACAUAAAGAUAAAGAUCGUAGGCGUACGGACAAACAUAAGUCGAGACAUUAUGGCGAUAGUGGUAGUCGACAUAGGGAGAAAACACAAGAUUAUAGGCAGGAAGCAGGUGAUAGAAUACAAAUUAAGCAAGAAAGAGCGGAUAGUGUUACAUCGAGAGAUAACCACGAGAAUUGUGAUGACGAGUUAUACAGAGAUAGGACAGGUCAUAGGCGGUACUAUGAUGACUCUAAUGUCCAAGAUGAAUACGAUCCUUAUAAAAAAAUAAAAACGGAAAAGUAA